AAGCUGGAUCAGUGUGUAGGGAGGGCAGUCAUCACGCCAUCCUGAGCAGCAAGAGCUGACGUUGGACGAAGCUGCCAGGUAGCUGAAAAAAGGCACAGAAGGCAGCUGAUACCCACUUUUCAACGGUUUGUGUUUUUUUUAGUCUGUAUCUGGACUUCAAGCAACACAGCGCCUGAGACAGCUCAUCUGAACCACGCUGUAUUGCAAUACUCGCUCUUCUCAAAGAAAAAGACUCCACUGAGCAGCAGAAUGCUGCCAGUGUCGCAGCCAGGUCUACAAUACAGAGCCUUUUUGUAACAUUGCAAAUUUCUUUCUCUUCAGAUAUUUGAAACUCACACAUACACUUAUAUAUCAGUUCUCUGUUUCCUGAGGACACCUUUGGAUUUUUUUAUUUUUUUUCCCUGAUGUGACUUUUUCAUCUUGGAAUGAUGGGGAUCUUUCUAGCUUAUAUUGGAUUCAUUUUCUUUUCAGUUAUGUAUAUUCAACAAGGACUUUCUACCCAAGCAAAAUUCACAGAGUUUCCCCGAAAUGUCACGGCCACUGAAGGGCAGAAUGUGGAGAUGUCUUGUGCUUUCCAAAGUGGCUCUACUUCGGUGUACCUUGAAAUCCAGUGGUGGUUUCUGCGGGCAGCUGAGGACCAAGAGGCUGGUGCUGAGGUGACAGGCACUCAGGUGGAGCUCCUGCCCGAGCGGGACCUGGACAGCGACGGCACGAAGAUCAGCACAGUGAAAGUACAAGGGAAUGACAUCUCCCACAAGCUGCAGAUAUCAAAAGUGAGGAAAAAGGAUGAAGGCUUGUAUGAGUGCAGGGUGACCGAUGCCAACUAUGGAGACCUUCAGGAAUACAAGGCCCAGGCAUUUCUCAAAGUCAAUGCUAACAGCCACUCUCGGCGAAUGCAAGCCUUUGAAGCAUCCCCAAUGUGGCUGCAAGACAUGAAACCUCGUAAAAACAUCUCAGCAGCUGUCCCAAGUAGCAUCCACAAUUCUGCCAAUCAGCGUGUACGUGCCACCUCCAGCCCCGAAGCAGCAGCCAAAAUCCCCAAACAAAGUCCACAAUCAGGUGCGAGGAUAGCUACAAGCCAUGGACUUUCUGUCCUGCUUCUUGUUUGUGGCUUUGUGAAGGGUGCUUUGCUUUAAUCUAAAAGUGCUGACUUUUUCCAAUAUCACUUUCUCUUCUUAAAGCAAAGAGCAAAUCGCCUGUAAAAUCCACGGAGCGGACAGCAAAGUUGACCCUAACCUCCAACCACCACUCUGCACCCAAUGUACUCUAAAUCUCUACACAAGGAGCACCUUCUUCAGGAAGUACAAACAAAAUUACUAAAUAAAUAAAAUAAAAUAAAAUAAAUAUUAUAAAAAGAAGAGGAUACCACAUGUUUUCUUGAUAUAUCUUAUUUUCUUUGGCGUAUCACUGAUAUUUUAUUUGAAGAGAACUGGUGUGAUGUAAUCAAACGUUUUGUAACAGCAAGACCUAGUUUCCUUUUCUUUCGGCAAGGAGAAGCCUCAUCCUUGACUUCUCAGGGGUUGGCCUGCGAGUCCUCAGUAUUACAGAAUUAACCAUGGAUGACAUUUGGUUUCCUACACUGAAAGAAUUGUUCCAGCCUGGAAGCAAAAAGAGGCCAAAUAAUGAAACAAACUAUAGUGAUGUAACAUAAAUAGAAUACACACAAACUUUAUAAAAAGUCUUGUUUUUCUUUUCUUUUUGUUGGUUUUUUUUGGGUUUUUUUGGUUUUUUUUUUUUUUUUUUCAUGAGGAAUAGGAAUAUUCUACUAAGCAGCUCAGCAAACUAGGGGAUGUUGUUUCUGAAAAACAUAUGAGGAUAUUUUUCUUUUGAGAUUUUUUUUUUCUAUAUUCUAUUCUUUUCCCUCUUUGGGGUUUUUUCCCUGUCUUUCUAUUUGUUUCUUGUUCAGUGAUGACAAGUACCAACUUAGGCCAACCCCUGAUGACUAUGUGGAGGUUUAUAUAUAUGCAUCCUUUUUUUUUGUGUGUGUGCGUUCUAUAUUUCAGUGUGUUUUCUCUAAUUUUGCAACUCCUGUAUAUGCAAAACCAACUUCAAUUCUGUAAAUUGCUUACAGUCUGUGUGAUAUAACUUCAGAGUAGACAUACUUUGGUCCUCAUGCAAGCCAGUUUUUAAUAUUAUCUGUAUGUCGUGCCACCAAGAAACAUCUUUAUUUCCUUUUUUGAACAAAAACACCACUUUUUAGUUUUUAAUUCAGUAAUGUGUGGAUUUUGUAAUGCAUACCUUCACUUUGAAUGGUUUGAUCCCCUUCAGCCCUCUGUUUACUCUGUAAAUGCACAUUAAAAUUUGUUAUGGUCUCUAGACAAUGAAUUAUUUUAGUUUGUAUGUUGUGUUGGAGUUCAGAUGCUGAAAGCUCUUUGAACUUGUGAUGUUUAUAGAAGAUUAAGUGAUUCAAUCACUAGAGACUGUAAAAUGCAGGUUUGCAGUCAAAUACUGCACAUAAAGGAAGGUUAGAAACAGAAAACUGACAAAUAAACCAGAACAUGUCUUUAAGGAUGUUCUUUUGGUAAAGAGUUUUAGGAGAGUGAAUUUAUUACACUGAUAAAAUAUAUUUGCAUCACAGCUCCUUCUACAUGGCCAAAGAAAUGUCUUUUUUUGCUUUUUCUGAAAGUGGAUUGUCAUUACUCAUUGAUAUUCUUAAUUAAAAUACUUUUUGUCUGUGAA